CGUGACGCAGCUCCUCACGUGCCGGGGUCGCGGCAAGCCGCUAUUGCCCCGCGCCGCAGCGCCGCACGGCCCUCAGUCGGAAGACACCGCCGCCGACGCCACCAUGACCGCCGCUGCAGUCACCCACAACAACCAUAACAAUGCCUCAACGGAGAAGCCUGUGGCUUUCGAAGAAGCAGUUACUUUAACAGGCCAGGGCCGCUUCCACUGGGUGCUGCAGCUGGUGUGCGGCGUGUGCCUGGCCACCACCCUGGUGACGAUGCUCAGCACGGGCUACGCGCUGCCCUAUGCCCAGUGCGACCUCCGGCUCUCCACGCAGGACAAGGGCGUACUCAACGCUAUCUGCUACAUCGGCAUGCUGUGCAGCUCGCACCUGUGGGGCUACCUGGCGGACACGCGCGGCCGGCGCACCGUGCUGCUGCUGACGCUGGUGGCGGAUUCGGCGUGCACCGUCCUCUCCAGCUUCUCGCACUCCUUCUGGCUGCUGCUCAUCUUCAGGUUCUGGAACGGCUUCUUCAUCUGCGGGGCGGCGGCGGUGGUGUUCGCGUACCUGGGCGAGUUCCACGGUUUGGCGACCAGGGCGCGCGCCGUCGUCUGGCUGGGCGUCUCCGUCGCCGUGGGCACCAUCUGCCUGCCAGGUCUGGCGUGGCUGGUGAUCCCCAACAGCCACUGGACGCUGGCGCUGGGCUCGCUGGAGUACGGGCCGUGGCGCAUCCUGCUGCUGCUGUGCGCGCUGCCCGGCCUGCUGGCGGCGCUGCUCAUCUGGGCGCUGCUGCCCGAGAGCCCCAAGUUCCUGCUCGCCACCGGCCGUAACCACCAGGCGCUCGACGUGCUGCGACUCAUCUUCGCCACCAACACCGGCAAGGACCCUCUCGACUUCCCCGUGCGGUCCCUGCAGCUGGACAGCCCGCCGCGGCCCUCGGUGGCGUCCCUGGAGGCUGGCGGCCUGUCGACGUCCGCCAAGAGCACCGGCCGGAUGGCCCUCGAGGUGGCGAAGAGUAUGUGGCGACAGACGGCACCGCUCUUCUCACGGCAGCACGCCUGUAACCUCGCCGCCGUCUGCGUCAUCGACUUCGCCAUCUUCGCAUGCUCGAACGGGUUCCUGCUGUGGCUGCCGGAGCUGUUCAGCCGGCUGUCGUCGUACGCGGCGUCGCACCCGUCCCUCAACGAGACGCUGACCGUGUGCCAGGUGGUGGCCGCCGCGGCCGCCGAGGCGCACGCCGCGCGCUACUUCGAGCCCUGGCUGCUCGCCGAUGGAAACCCAGACGUGGACGUGGACGCCGCGCCGGCCGCCCUCGCCACGCUCGCCCCGGGGUCUGACGGCUGCACCGCCGACGUCGACGUCAGCGUCUUCAGCAACACGCUCAUCAUCGGCGCUACCACGGCCGCCGCCUACAUACUCGCCGGAUACGCCGUACCUUUCGUUGGGAAGAAACGCCUCCUGGUGCUGAGCACGCUGUUGUCGGGCUGCUGCGGCAUCGCGCUGCACUGGGUCGGCUCCCAGGACACGGUGCUCGCGCUGGCCUGCCUCUUCAUGGCGCCCGCCACCAUGUGCAUAUCCGUCGUCAACAGCAUCGUCGUCGACCUCUUCCCUACACAGAUAAGGGCAAUGGCAGUCUGUCUGUCACUUAUGAUGGGCCGACUUGGAACCGCACUUGGAAGUGUCUUCAUUGGUUCUAUACUUGAGAUCUCCUGUUCAUCAGUGUUCUUCAUUCUCAGUGGUAUUGUGAUUGGUUGUGGACUGCUGGCGCUGACUCUCCCAAACCAUCCAAAAGAUAUGUCAGCACCUGUACUACAGUAAUAUGUCAGUGACCAACACCUGUACUAUGGAGAUAUGACAGUGACCCUUCUGUUGAUGCCUAAAAGUCUGUAUGGAAUGUCAUCACAGAUAAACAGUACGAAACAUCAUAAACUUGAUCUGGAAUAAUAUUUAUCAUUUUCAUUUAUUAUACCGUAUGAGAUGCAAAAACUGUGAUAAAAUCUCUCUUAUAUUUACUUUAACAUUUUCAUAAUUGUUGAGAAUGAGGAGAUGUGGGUAGACAUGAAAAAUGGUGAAAUGGUUCAAGGAAAUGAAUUGUCAUGAAGUGUAACAUUAACUGUAGCUGCAAAGACAGCUGAGAAAGCAAGAAAAAAUAUACUUGAGAGUGUUCUUAAACUUUCAUUGGUGUAUCACUGGAAUAAUGUGGUUAAUGAUAAUGGAACCAAGCAAUGCCUGUUAAUAGAAGCAGGAGCAAACACUACAGACUGAAACUAAAAUUAAAUUCCAUCCAACAGACCUCGGAAGGUCCAAAGCUACUGACUGACCACAGUGUCAUCCUCAGUCUGAGGACAUCAUUGAACUUGGGGCAUGGGGUCAGAAAAAUGUCAUGGCUGCUGUCAAUUUUUCUAAUCUGUCAAACAUUACAAACAACAAAAUAAAUUUUAGGAGCAUAUGUAGAGCCGGCCUCAGUGGCCGAUUGGUUCUAGGCGCUCAUUUCGGAACCGUGCGACUGCUACGGUCGCAGGUUCAAAUCCUGCCUCGGGCGUAGAUGUGUGUGAUGUCCUUAGGUUAGUUCGGUUUAAGUAGUUCUAAGUUCUAGGGGACUGAUGACCACAGCUGUUAAGUCCCGUAGUGCUCAGAGCCAUUUGAACCAUUUGUAGUGUAGAAAUAAAAUGAUUGGAUUCAGUGAAUGUAGGAAAAUAACUACUGCCUUACAGAAAGAUAUAAAACAUGAUACCACCUUUACGGUUUUUAAGAGGAUGUUGAAUAUUGUAGAGGCUAGGAGACAAAAUAAUGUAUUAAGGCUACAGAUUAUUAUAAGUGGAGGUGAAAUCUUUGAAAACUCUGGAGCAGUAGAUUAUAAAUACUACAAUGCAAUGAGCAAAACUCAAGGUUACAAAAACAUACUCAACACUGAAACUUAUUUUCUUAACUUAUUUUCUGCUUUAAUUCAUUAAAUCUUGUUAAUGUCUGUUGAUUUUUAUACUUUAGAGUCCUAAGGGACAUACCCUAACUUCCCCAUCUGUUUGAGCUAACUUCUCUACAUGCCCCAGGAUAAGAAAAUCUGUUUACAGGAGGGUGAGAUUACCAAUCUCUCUUUAAUGACUUUAUUGUUGUCAGGUACAUUAUAAUUCACUUUCCUACUAACAAAUAUACCACUGUCAUAUUUCUACUGUUGCUUUCAUUCUCUAUGUUCAUUUCAGUACUGACACUAUGCAGCUGAAGGCGAAGCUAGUGCAUAUGAUAACUGACGGAAAUGUGAACAAUGAUACAAGAAUAAUUUUCCUGACCACUGUCCUUUGAUUUUUGUUUGAUGUUCUGUUGGGCAUGUGUUUGGUUCUGCAUGACUGUUUAGAAGUGAGAAUUCCUAUUAUUAUCAGGUGACUGCUAUAAAUAGUGAGCUGGUCCAGUGGGGGUGAGCUUGCAUAAAUGUGUUCUACUCCCACCCCAAAGUGUCAGUUGCAAUGGCAAAAGAUUGGCUGACACAAUGUGUGUGGUACUAAUCAGUUGAAUUGCAACUUUGUACUGAAAACUUAAUAUCCCUGUCUUACUAAGCAAAAAAGUCUGAGAAAAGGAUAAUUUGAGUCUCAUUAUUUCUUUUAUCAUCAACGGCAAGAUCAGCUUUUAAAGAGUGCUCUGCAUAUCUGAAAUUUACCUAACAUUUGACCUACAUACAUUUUAAAAUAUUGGCGGAGGCUAUGAUAAAAUUUAGGCUUGUAGAGAACAAAGUCAUCUAUCAUAAAUCCUAAUCAUUUCCUGCUCCUUGGAAGUUGGGAAAAAACACCUGAUAUCAUUCUAGGAUCCUCCUGAAUUUCUUGAACACACUGCACAUGAAUGCAGUGCAGUUAGGCUUUCGUGGGGUAUUCAUUACCCUGUUGUGAUGUGGAAACUGCUGCCACAAAGUGUGUUAUAUUUGGUGUGUAAAUGUUACCUUUAAAUGUUUGAACACUGCUGGUAAGAUAUUUUUACUCUGAAUACUACCUACUACAUGAAGUAAUGUGUAGAAGUUUCCAUCAUUUGGUGACUGCUAUGUGCAUGUAAAUAUAAAUCAGUGCAUGUAGAUCUUCUAUACACACUGUGUUCCAACUUGCCAUCAGCUUUUAGUCUCACUAGCACACCGAUCAACAGACGUCAACAUAUACAUGGUAAAUGUAUCAUCUACCUAGCAGUAGAAACGUGUUGAUUUUAGAUCUUCUAUUUCAAACCAUCUAACUUUGAACCCCUUUUGUCAUGACUUUUGAGAGCUUCCUCUUUGAAAAGAAGCUGUAGCCUAAUGGUGAAUUUCAGCAUAGUGCCCUUUGUCAGCAGCCACUAGGCUACGCACAGUUUACAGAAAGUAAAAAUAUUUUCAUUCUCAGGAAAAAUACAUGAUGGAAUUAAAAUUUAAUAUUUUUUGUGAGUGUUUUAACAUUUACAGAGGUACCGAAAAAUGGAACACUUUUGUUUCAAAAUUACAAUACUUUUAUAUUCUCUAGUAAUAAUUAUUUAACCUGGUGGAUAGACAGUAAAUUUUUAUACAAAUUUUUCUUACAAUAUAGACUACUUUUAUCCUACUUCAGUUUACACAACCAGAUCUGAAGUGAUGUCACUCAAGGCAUAUGACUGGCAUGUUCAAGAUAGGUUCUUUAAUUCAUUUUAUUUUAUCAUAAUUAUCAAAUAUACAUUACUGUGGUUCACUUCAGUGGAAAGAUUCUGAAGUAACAUUCAGAAUGCAUGCUUUCAACAUUGCCCUGUGAAGUAAUUCAUCACAGUCAGACAACACACAUUUUUCUACUACCUAAGUAAACAGUGAAAGCCAUAAUCUAACAUUGCCAAUAUACUGUACCUUGAAGUAAGUAAUUACAUUAUCUUUACAUGUUAAAGUUGUUAAAACCAGUAACUUUGAUGCAUUUAAAAAAAAAUGCUCUAGUCUCAAGAAGUACAAACCACAAUAAAUGAGAUCAUGUUUUUUUUUUUAUAAAGAUACCCUCUUGUCCUCCUAUGGAGGGAAUUUGGGCCUGCUUCUGUACCCAAAUGUUACUAGGUGUAGGGAACAAUGACAAUCAUGACAUUCAUGUUACAAUCUCAAUUUUAAAUGUCAAGGGUACUAAUAUACCUGUUUGUAAAGGUUUUACUUUGUGAAAUUUUCAUAAAGUUGUUAUGACUUUUAGAUUAGUAUUAUUUUGAGAUUUGAUGUAUUUCACAUAAUGUAAUAUAAAUUGUCUCAAAAUGUCAUGUAUUUUUUUUUAUC